UCGAGAUGGGUUGCAACAGAAUCCGAAUAAUCAUUGAAGCUCGGUCGGCGGCCGUGCGGGCUGCUUAUUGUUGGAUCCUUGGUGUCGAUGAUGAAGUCAGUGUGUGCGCUGAAUAACUCCAAACUGCCACUCGAUGCGUUCACAUUCCAGUCACCGAUGGAGGUGUAUACACUCCUGUCACGUUACAGCCUCGUGUACAAGAGACGGCGCUUUGUGGAAAGUGGCCUGUAGCCUUGGAUAGGAGGAGAAAUAGGCGCACCCGCGUCUUAUAUUGGGCCUUCGCUUUUCUUGAUCGGUUGGAACAACAAAAGUUUGAUGACCGCACCCAACCGCUUCCCGCGCGUUUUGUGUUUCGAUGUUUCUUUCAUUUAAAGAAAGGUGUGGCUUGACGCCUGCCUACAGUGCAUUCUGCUGAACCGCAAGACAGUGGGUCUCUGAGUGAGUGGAGUGCACGGCACAACCAGCGCUUCCAGCGUUCAACCAGCCACCCAACGUGAGUUCACGGUGAUUGUCGAAUAGCGCAGGCAGCAACAAGCCUUCAGUCAUGCGACUAGCACUUGUGACGGCGUGUCUACUGCUCCCGCUCUUCGCUCCGUUUACGCGAGCGGAGAAUGCGACGGCCAGCCCAAGCGCGUCGACUCCCGGGCCUGCAACGGCGUCGCUGUCAGCCGAGGAACAGGAGAUUGCCCACUACGGACAAGCCCUGCGCGACGUCGUGGCCCGGGUCAUGGCAAGCAUACCGGACUCGCUACGAACGCAGCUGCUCGGGGCAGAGGUGCGACCAGAAUGCAGCGUGGGUCUGCUUCGGACAGUGCGGGCGCUCCAGAACCUGGAGCCCUGGGUGCUCAGACUGUUCGACGCUACCGGAAAGUACCCGACGGGAUUGCUUCAAUGGUCACGCGCGGAUAUCGGAGCUUUCGACGAGUGUAUCGCGACUGUCGUGCGAGACAGUUAUGGUCACGUGGCCUCGCACGCCAGUACUGCAACCUACUAGUGUAUGCCAAGAAUUCGACCAACUGGGACAUGAUAAUAGAGAAAAUUUUGAACAUCAUGCAUCCUAAGGCAAGUUACUACAAGGGCUACUUCUCCUACAACAAAGUUGCAGCUCUUCGUCUUGGAAUAUGCUAUUUGGACGACUGCAACCAACAGGACAUGCAAGCUUUAGUGGAUACAGUAACGUCUACUUUAGUACGCAUAGAAGUUUCAAACUGCGUCACCGCAGAACCGGAAUCAUGGAACACAGCCCAAAAAGGAAUUGCGAUAUAUUUAGGCCUACUUGCUGUCACCAUCGCAGCUGCAACCUUCGUCGACGUCUUCAUGCAAAUCAAGACACGGCGUGAUGGACAAACUAGUACGUAG